AUGUCUUCUUUCGUCCUUGGGGAGUUUCUGGACGCUACGGCUAUUCCGCGUGUCCGUUGGGGCCAGGUGCCUGAUAAAUCCCUUGCAGAUAUGACCUCAACGACGGACACAGAUAAUGACAAAAUUGUAUCAGAGCUAGAUCGUGGAAGUCAAGAGAUCCGGUCCACGAGCACUUCUUCUGCAGAACAAACGCAAAUGCAAGUCGCACGGAAAGAGGGGAGCUCUGGUUUUAUGUUGCUAAGCGUGAAGCAUCUGUCCACUGUAAAGAACAUAGUCAAUACGAACGGUAGAGAGAUGAAUACGUUGGAUGAUUGUUAUGCUGGUAGUUGUAUCGCCAAAACUUCAUCUCUGCAAAUGAACAACAAAACCGUGAAGGGCAAUAGCUUGGAGCUAGGACGGCAUUAUUCAUCUACGAUCUCACUAGAGGCUGAAGAAUAUGACAACGAUGAGGAAGAGGAACUGGAUUCCCAUUCAGAACCACAUCAACUCCUUCAGUCAAAUCCACAAACGGGCUUCCAUCCUCAGUCGUUCGUCAUGCAAAACCCUCCACAAGAUUAUAUUCCUGCUCGGGUUGAGAAUGCGGAAUGUUGCGCCAAUGGUAGUCAACUCGUAGACGGGGUAAAGCCAGUUGUCGUUUCAAAUCUUCAACCAGUCCAGGUGCCCUUAGCGAGUGCUCCAAUACAGACCUCCGUUGCGCAAUCACCUUACGAUAUUCCACCACAAGCUACCAAUGAACAAGUCCCCAAUACAUCCAAUCAUCCAGUGCUCUUUCGUCAGAUAAAUCCGGACGUCGCAUCUGGCGCCUUACCCGAAUCUCCGCUGGCACCAAGCUCUGCAAAUGUUCCCUCAAAUUCCGCUGGCACCCAGGUCCAACAGAGCAUUCACCACCCAGAACUACCUGCUUCUAAGUUUUCUGAUCCAUCGUUUGAUCCGAGCACGUGCCCCGCUGUAGCAUCAGGCAUCGCUGUUGCAUCACAAGUUCCUGGGCCAAAUCAUCCAAAUACGUCGGCAACCUUGUCACAACCACCCACCCAGCGUUUCAUUAAGCAACUCAAUGGUGAGCCUCUGCGCUCCGUUUCUGAUGCUUCCUUUGUAAAUCCUCUAUUACCUUCUCUCAAUGCACCGAUUCAACCGGCGUCACGCUUUCGUAAAGCCCGCAUUCACGAGACCAUUGAGCAGUGGGACUCAAAUCGACUGUCUUUCCAUGACCGUCGUCUCAAAGCUGUGCCAGAUUGGGUCUCUUACCUUAAUAAUAAGUCUAUUGAUACAUCUUUUAACCAUCCACUUGCUCAGCGAGGCCGAUGUCUCUACUGUUAUGUCCCUGGCAGUUUCGGAUCACAAUGUAAUAAUCCUAAACACAAACGAAAUGGCUUUCGUGGAUCUGCGUUGAAGCACCAAAGGCGGGUUCCCUGCUCACUCCCUACCGUGCCAGAGUCUUCGGAGCUUUCCCAUAUUCUUCAUGCGACAUUUGCAGCCUAUCACUCGGCUGCUCAACAGGGCUACAACCUUUCUUCCCUCCUUACCACUUGGAACGCUGGUGAACGGGUCUCCAACCACGCACUGCUAGAACAAGUGAACGGCCCCUCGUUGAGAAACAAUUUGGGUCUCAAGGCGAAUGCCUCCAAUCCCAUACUCCUCUCCGAACAUGUUGAAAUGGCCGCGCACAACUCUACCGAUGUGAAUUCUGUUUUGCCACCUGGGAGCGAGGACUUCGGCACAGAUGGCAUCACCAUGAUUGCUCGGGGCUCUGCUCAUUAUCAGCCACUGCCCACAGUGGUGGACCAACCCCCUCAAACCGGUGCCUCCCCUCCCACAGUGAAUGCGGGGGAAGGCGCUGACGCACACGUCAUCGAUCCGUCAGCCGCCUACCUUCGGCGCCAACUCACAAUCAGCGCAGAGGGAGAAGCCGCACGUUUUGAUGGCGGAGUGCCCCAUUCAUCGCAGCCACCAUCUCUGACUACUGUCUCCGCCGCGGAGCAGCAGGUAGCACCGCCUGCGAGCCCAACCAUGCCUGGCAAGCCGACAUGUGUGGGUCGCCUGCUUGUUGGGCACCGUGAGUGUGCUGAUGCUGCUGCUGCUGCCUCCCCGAGGACGCUGGACAGUGUGCGAUCACUGUCUGGAACGACAAUCGCUUCCGUCCAACUGUCUCCGGACACGGAAAUCUCCGGAAUGGCCAUUCCCAGCGCUUCCGAUCCUUCAGCUCCCGGCCGCUCGGCCCCCUCUGAUGCUCCCAUGUGGGAUGGGCAUAAUAUGCCGAAAGUGCUUGCCUUCUCCGAUCCAACCGGAUUGGGGGGCACCUCAACGUUAUUUGGAGGAGGAGGCCCAGGUGGAGCGGUCUCACAGGCACCGGCGGGGUGCAGUGGCACCAGUGUCGCAACAACCGUUGCUGACACCACUUCCAGCUCCACGGCGACACCAGUUGACCUCUCCGCUGCGGCCAGAAACAUCUUCCAGGUCGCUGCUGCUGCCGCUGCCUGCGUCAACAAUAGCCCCGCGCAGCCCUCACCCCAACCCUCAGGUAUCACACCAUCCACCUCCUCUACCUCUACCUCAGUCUCUGGCAACCUUGAGGCGCAAAUGCCCAAGUGCAUGGACGUAAUUCGGCUGGCGAUCAUGGAGACUCUGCAGGAUCAAUUCGCGCAUCUGAACUCGGAGAACGAGGCUCUGCGUACUGCAAUAAACAAUCUGCAGCACGAAAAUCACCUCCUACAGAGCUACAAGAGGGCCUUCUUUGAUCUGCGUCGUUUCUUCCAGCCCGAUGUUUGGGAACAGAUUGAGCAGCGCGUGCGCGGAGUCGAAGUCGCAGCUGCUGCAGCUGCCUCCACCGAGUCUGCUGGCCAGCAGCUCUUCUUCCCACCAUCCACACAGUCUUCGCAACAAAACUCUGCAUUCCAGACCCAACCUCAACAGCAGUCGCCCUCGCAUCUCCCUCAGGAUGCUCAGCAUCUACCACCGCCUACCUCCAACACAGCCGCCGGUCUACCGCCACCACCGCCACCUCCCCCCCCACCACCUCCACAACACACCGCUCCCUAA